CUCUCUUCAUUCUUGGACAACAGAGGUCUGGAGCGCGAUGGCUAGGACUUACCUUGCUGCUACGCUGUGUCUGCUAUCAAUGAUUUUUAUAUGUGUAUGUCAAGUGAAAAGUCUUUCAAAUUCUUGCGAACAUAAUAAUCAAAACUUCACCAAUUGUGAUGUGAUGUAUUAUACCAACUGGAAAGCCUGUACAGGUGGGCAUGGAAUGGAUCCAACAGCAUGUACAGUUGGAUACGAAAAGCGACAAAAAGCUAUUUGUUGUCCACGCCAAUCAAAAAACGAAACAAUAACCCAGACUACUGCAAACUGUAAAGCUAACUGCAACUUGACCGAUGACGAUUUUGAUGAAAUUAGACUAGGAACAACAACAGUGCCACCAAGCACGUCUACUACAAGACAAAAAACAUCGACCACUUCGCCACCAAGCACGUCUACUACAGGACAGAGAAUAUCGACCUCUUCACCAAAAAGCACGACUAAUGCAGUAUCUAGCCCUGUGGUACCUGGGAAGACACUGCACUCUGUGGGUAAUGGAACUAAAGUCAUAGACGAUGAUUCAGGCUUAUCAAUUGAGCAGAUCGCGGGUAUAGCGGCGGCUGGAGCGGUGGCACUGAUAGGACUGUGUUCUCUCUUCCUCUGCCUUCUGUGUAAACGGUUGAAGAGGAAGGAGGAGGUCGAACCGGAACAAAAUGCAAAUGACGUGACCACGAGCUCCAAGAAGUCUAAAACUGAUAUUGAUGCUUCUACCAAAGCUUGAAUGAAACCUGACGAGAAACAUUUGUCAUUAUACUUACAGUAGUCAUGCGUUGUAAAGUAUAUACGAAUAAAUGAUUUGCAGGAUUCACUUUCUCUUUUUAUUUGACUUCUUCAUCCUCGCUCCUAUUCCUGUGAAUUUCUUAUAUUUCUUCUGAUCACUGGAUUGCUGUUAAAUAUCUUCAUUUUUUUUUCUAUCAUAUCAGAUGAUACAAAUGAUUUAAAUAUACUUUACAAUCUUGCGCCCUAUAAUAAGUCAAAUAAAUGGCCAUUCUUCUGGUUAUGUUGAUAGGUCACCAAUCAAUCACCUGUCCAUUGUAUGACAUAAAUAACCCCGAAUUAUCGCUGGACAACUUGGAUAAAACAUUCAUACAAGCAUUAAUGCUUUCUUCCGCCGAUAGUUCAGCUUUCGGUCCGCCAAUAUCGGUUCUUGCCCAACCCGGAUGUAAAGCCGAGACC